AUUAACGGAAACUCUCUUAACGAAAUGCUUUAUCCGGUUAGGCCAUUCGUAGUACCCACGUUUCGUACGGUGCGAGCGUUAGGAUUCGUGUUUUUUCUCGUGGAUAUUCAGAUAUGUGGAUAGUGAGCAGGUAGCAACAGCCCACAAACCUGGACGUCCUGUUUCGAGCCCAGACAGCCGCCCCCCGUCGUCCUGAAAUACCACCGAAAGUGUUAUGGUUGACCCCUCUCGCUCAUAUGGAAAUCAUGAACGACUGCCGUGUCGCCCUGUGCUCCAUCUUCCUUUUUUGCGCUUCUCUGCAAUGUGAAGGCUCCCAACAACCGGCACGAAUUGCCACCGCCUGGUCAGAGGUACCCCGGGGGCGAAUCGCGGUGAAUGCGGAGCGGUGUUGUGGGACAACAGAGCACAUUCAUAAUUCGAGGAUCGCCGAAGCCAGUACUGGAGACCCCUGGAAUGACAGCUCAUCGCCGCUAGAUGCUGAGGACUCGAGUAGUGUAGAGUCAUUGCCCUGGAUCGACUGCGACCCUGGGGACAGUGAAGCUGUGGUGGUUCAGACGAUCAGGGACACUACAAUUGCCUUUGCACUUCUCUGUGUGACACUCCUUGCGAACAUACGGCCACCAUAUGCUCGCAGACAAAGAACCGCGCAUGGCAGUCGCCCUGAACCCCAGCGUACGCCUGGUGGGUAUAGGCGGCGGCUUGCCAUGUCUUCGAAAAGCGAUACAGAAAAACGCAAGCGGCAGCAUCCGGGGGAAAGCAGCUCUCCAGCACCAGUUCAGCCUUCCCAGGCUGUGAGUUCGCCUUCGCAGCAAGCUGCAGCGCCUUCACAUGCGAGCGUGUCGCAAGUGAGUAGCUCUUUGUCGCAGCUCCAACUUACCUCCAGUGGGGGCGCCGAGUCCAGUCACAGCGCACCUCCUCGGAGAUCGACCGCUUUACAAAGUGGACAAACUAGAUAUGCUCAAUCGAAUCCGCACAACCCAAUUCCUCUCCUCCCAUCACUUUCUUCAACGCCACCAGCGGAAGCACCCUCUCCUGAGCUAGGUGCCCGCCCUCGCCGGGUGGCCUGUCCGAUAGGAUGGACAUGUGCUGGCCUCAGUGGAGCGAUGGCGGCAAAGAGCAUGGAGCGUUCGCUUCCAUCAGCGUCGACAAUUUUGGGGAAAAGUAUCAACGACCGAGUCGAUGCGUUGGUCACCCAGGAAUCAAAGCGACAGGCUGUGGCGCUCUUACAGCACUCCAGCAAGACGCGUAGGACGGACGAGCCGUCUCCCAGAAAAAGCUUGGACGAGAUGCUCAUCAAGUGGCAACCGAGCGACAGCGAACUUAAAGAUGCCAAAGAGGAAACAGUGAGAAAGUUCGGCAACCGGACUUUCGCUGCUGCUGUUGCAGCCACCAUGCUAGUUUCUCCGACGAUGCAAGCCUACUUGGAAUGGCUGACGGAAACAGAGGCGCGUGGGACACAAGAACUGACGCUGAUCCUUGAGCAAAAGAGAAGAGAAGAAGCGAUGGGGCACGCUGACAAGGAAGGGAGAGUAACGUUACAGGAGCGUCUUCGUAGGCUCUCGAGAGAAUCGCCGUGUUGGGGGAACGGCCCGUCACGUGACCUGCUUCUGUGGCUCGGAAAAACGCGGUUGCAAGAGGUUGUGAACCCUACGAAAAUGAAGAAAAAAUCGCGAUUGCGACUAAGUAGAAAAGAAUUAUUUUCGCUGCCGUCAAUGGGGGCCGUCGUCCUCCCUGCGAUACAGGAAGAAGGUGAACCAGAAGAGGCCGGAGAGCCUGCUGGGGCAUCGGGUGCAGCUGUGAGUCCGGCGGUUAGCGAGAUGCCUCCACAGAUAGAGGGACACAGUUCCGGUUCAUCUGCAGUAGGCGGUCUUCUAGAUGCCAUACAGAAAGCUUUCACCUGCAAGGAAAAGAUCGUGCUGAGGAAGGAAUUACGUGGAUUUAAUACACUGGUUGAAGAAAUGAAGAGUAAACUUCGAGACGUUCACCCAGAUACCGCUGCGGCAGCACUGCGAGAGCAUGCACUCGUGAAACUGGGUGAAGUGAUGUUUGCAAGGAAGUUGAGAGAGAGAGCAAGGAGGUGGAAGUACAGUAAAUCCCGAUUGCCAACACGCAUGAAACGCGGAGAAGGACUGGAAUCACUUCAGACCGUGCCCGCGGGUUUUUGGACCGACCCGUACACGUAAAUGCUUGUUGAGACUCCUCACGCGUUUCCGUGCAAUACACCAGACACUUGCAAAAUCGUCACCUGAAAAGACGACAAUUCGGAACAGAAGCUCCUCAAGGAUGUUAUGCAGUCCACCGAACACAGGUGCCAAUGUCGCAACUAAACAGUUUGUAUGUUGCAGCAACGAGAGAAGAAGACGUCACUGCGGAGGCAAGAGUGAAGUGCGGGGCACCCUUUCGCUAAUGCUUGCAUGACGGUACAGAAUACUGGAUGGCCAGACGGUAUUAUUUUGUGGACUUCCGCCAGCUGCAGGGUCGGAAGUCAAGGACAAAGUAUGCAUCGAACAUGGCCUGCUUCCCCGCGAUAAAUUUUCUAGCGAAGGUUUCGGGGGCCGGGGAUAGCAAAUUAGACUGGUCAACGUGCAGGAUUAUUUACUGCAUGUCGCGUCUGAACAGGAGGCGGUUCACAAAGGACCCUCCCGAGACUUUUAUGGCGAUCGCUUUGCUUACCACGCACAUCCAUUUGUCGUACGUUCCCGAAGCCAGUGAUCGGGAAGACCAGCUGUUUAACCCUGGAGUUGCGUUGCUGCAACUACAAAGCGGCACAUUGAACAACAGUAUGUGGGUGAAAUUGUGAGCACCCCUGUGGGCACCACAGUACAAGUAGGGAGGUGCUGCAAAUCAAGAUCACGUGUCGCUCCCUCCACCGCAUUGCAAAAUGAAGCGUUUCGUAGUGAUUCCGCUGGGAGGGUGCCGUCUGUUGGCACACCCCAAUAGAAGCCACUCAAAACGGGCGGGUGCCUACUUUCUGAGGACAGUCGACAAACAUCGGUGAAUGCUGUGAAACGAUAUGCCAGAGGAGCGAGGAAGACGCGUGGUUGUAUCUCGAUUCGACGUGUCUGUCCUCCUGCAAGAACUAAUCAUCCGUGGAUGAGUUUCAUGAGUAUACGAUUCACUUGGCCUCAUGAUGAACAGUGUCAUUUAGGUUUCGGAGGUAUUCCGUAAUCGGGUGGAUAUGGUGAGUUGUUUAUACCAAUAUAUAUUGGUAGUUCGAAAGUAGUUUUCCCACGGACGAACGCGACCUUCUAUUUCCUAGUACCAUAAGUGAACUCUUUUGGUCUGAUCCUGCAGAACACGCCGUUUCACUGCGUGUACCAUACUGAAGACCUAGCCGUUUGUGAGUCAAAACGAUUAGGUCUUCUCAUUGAAAGACCUCUUCUCUAUCGAACAAUGAGGAAGCUGUUACGGUUCCACCUGCUUCCGUAUUCCGUUGGGUUUGACUUCGCCGAUGAUUGAUUUCUUCCUUGAUCAUGUCUCGCUUCGCAGUAGGCCUCUUUAAAGAAGCUGCGCCGAUGCUGAACGAUCUCUAGUGUCUCUUAUAUGAAACAAAAAGCAGCAUGGGAAGCUGAUUUGCCUUUAAGGCAUCCUCGGUUCAACAUCAAUAUGCGGCGAUGUCAAUGGUGCUGUAGAUCCUGAAGGUGUCAUCUGCCACCUUUGAGGAUAAGCUACGGAAAACACGGAAACGUGUAUCAGGAGCUGAGCUCGCA